AUGACGACUCUUGUAUCCAGAUGCCCUUCAAACUUCGUAUCCUGCAAUGGAGUGAGCGCUGUCUUGAGGUUCAUCCAGGAUUGCUGGGACCACGACCUGCUGGUGUCCGCCCUGAUACUAAUUCAAUCCGCGGUUUCCGCAAGCCGGGACUUGCAGAGCGAUUUCGGAUCCGAUGAAGGCAUGAGGGCCGUUCUCAUGUGCCUGAGCAACACGGCAUCGCCGGAGGAUGUGAGACUGUCGGCCGUGCUGGUGGCGUCUCAGCUGUGCCGUGGUCACGAGGCCAAUCAAAGACGCUUCGCCAAUCAGCGCGGUCUGCCUUUCUUGAUAUCCGAUCUGGAGCGCCUCAAAUCGCUGGACCCAACGCUGCCGUCGCCCUACGCAAUAGCCGCUUUUAGGCUGGUGUGGGAGGCGGUCGUCGCCAAUCCUCGCAAUUUGGCCCGAUUCUCAAUGGCGGGAGGUAUCGACAGUCUGCUCGACUUGGUGGAGUUGGGAAACACGUGCCACAAGCCGACCCUCCUGAGCCUUCUGUCUGACAUUUUUGAGCGUCGGGAAACCCACCGGUUCUUCCACGAGUGGCGGUCCAGCGUUUCCGGACAGACGGCCUCAGAAAUGCUGAUAGGAAUGUGGAGGGAGGCCGAAGACAUGAAAGGAGUUACAUGCGAUGGAAUGGUCUUCAACACCAAGAGGCCCCUUGCGGGGUCUGGAGUCCAAACCAA